AUGGUCAAAGGAUUCUCACUAUUAAAGAAUGAUUAUUCACUCUUCAUGAACAAAUCUGCAAGUGACAUCUCCAUUUCUGCAGUUUAUGUUGAUGAUAUCAUUCUAACUCGAGAUAAUGUGGCUGUAAUUCAGGAUCUUAAGGCUCAUUUGCACAAUGUUUUCAAUAUCAAGGACUUGGGUGAACUCCAUUUCUUCCUUGGAAUAGAAGUUUGUCAUGUUUCUCAGGGCAUUAUUUUGUCCCAGAAGAAGUUUACUAAGGAACUGUUACAAGAAUGUCUCAUGGAUGUGUAUAAACAAGCUCAAACAGCACUUCCUGCACAUAUUAAGCUGGUUAAUGAUGCAGGUGAUUUCUACUCAGAUCCUACUCAUUACAGGUGCCUUGUUGGGAAAUUGGAUUUCCUCACUCACACAAGGCCUUAUCUUUCCUUUGCUAUUCAGACCUUGAGUCAAUUCUUACAACAACCAAGGCUGCAUCAUUAUCAUGCUCUUCAGCAAGUUAUGAGAUACAUUAUUGAUAUAGUUUGUCAAGGUGGUCAUUUGCAGGCUUUAGACAGCUGA